CAUCAAGCUGGCUUUGAAAUACUUAUUCGAGUGUGUUGAAAUGUACUUUGUUAUUGUUGCAUUCAGAACCGACAAAUACAGAGAUUUAUGUUAAUAAAAAAAUUAAACUAUGGCAGACAGCAAAGAUACUGGCACCGACUCUAAGUUUACAUAUAAGUCUUUUCUUAAUAGUGCUGAUACCAAAGAAUUAAAGGAUUUUCUUGAAAAGCGUCUAAAUGACUGCGGAUGGCGAAAGGAUAUUGAAGAAAUGAUACGGAACAAAUUGAAGGAAGGUGAUUCAGCUAAUGUUUCACGCGAAGAGCUUGCCAAGAGUAUUAUACCGGAUGCUCGCGCUAUGGUGCCAAAUGAGGUGCGCGAGGAAAUGAUGUUACGCGUACGUGAAGUCCUCGAAGCUCCAAUGGCAGCCUCUAACGACAAGGAGGAGAAUUCCGAUGGAGGGAUCUGUUAGCACAAGUUCAUCUAGUUCAAAUUAAAAAUGUCCAAGACAAAAAAAAAAAAAAAACAUAGUUUAAAUUCUAGCACAUUUGCUGUGGUUUAUUAACGUGUAAUUAAGUAAUUGUUUAUGUACAUAUGCUUACGCCUGCUAAUGCUAAUUACGAAUUGCGCCAUUAGUUGUACAAAUGUAUGUAAUAAAUAAACAACUUAAUUAUAUAUAUAUAUAUUCGA